AUGGUGGAUAGGAACAAGGAGUGCCAAGCCUUGUUUAAGAGCCAGAUCUUGGGCGCAAAAAAGUGUCCGGGUCUACAGGUGGUUCUGGCGGAUGCAGUGGGCUUGGCGGAUAUGGAGCGUGGCAUCCCGUUCACAUUCGACACAUAUUGCCGCAUGUACUGCGACCUUCGGCGGCAUAGUGCAGACGUUUGCAAUUUGCCAUUUGUGUCCUUUGACUAUCAUUCUCCAUGGUGUCAUGGCACAUUUCGAUUGUCGACAGGCUUGGACAAGUACAUCCCCGAGUUUGGAAAGGUCCUCGUUCAACCGGAAGGUGUAGACGCGCCUGUCGCGGCAAAGCGCCCGAUCCUGUUGAAGCAUCUCCUUUGCCACUGCUCAGGAAUUGCUUAUGCCCCGGAUGUGGACGAGACUAUAGAGGAUGAGAGUUCGCGGGCCUAUCUCCAGCUACAGCAAGAUGUGAGCCUUGACGCCUUGCAAGUAAAGCUGGCAUUGCCAGAGUUCCUCUCUCAGAUCAUCCCGGGAGCCUCGGACCAGAUGUCGAACUCCUACUGGUAUGGAUUUUCCUUUGAUGUGCUGGGAAGAGUGUUGGAGGUCGUCGAGAAGAAGAGAUUGGACAAGGUUCUGAUCGAGACAGUCUUUGAACCUCUCGGCAUGAAGCAUACCAAGUGGGCUGUUCGAAGAGACGAGCUGCACAAGCUUUCUGCUUGCCACCUGGUUACAGUUACAGGCUAUGCUCAUAAGCCCACCUGGAAGAAGAGGUACACGUUGCAGAGAACCAUCCUUCCUCUACCCAUCUCCGACUGUUGGGAAGAGCUGUAUGGCCAGAAGGGCGGCAUGCCAAGCGCUCUUCGCCCAAGCCUUGUCCGCAUUGAUGGCAACACGGCGCGUCAGAGCCAUUGGCUGCAGGGACAAGAAUGCCGAGUUCAUUCUGGUGGCGGCUUCAUGGGCUACCUGUAUGGCGGCCUAGCCGUGUCAGCACAGUUGCUGACACGGCACGCUUUGUGCCGAUCUAAGCAUGAAGUCCGCAUGCUGAUGCGGAAAGGGAAGUUGGAUGAUGGGCAAAGGUUUUUGAGCUCCUCAUCUGUGACCGCGUUGGAGAAGAAUCGUAUGAAAGAAGGGGUAGACCCAGUCAACUAUCUUGGCAACAUCGGAACGUACCGCAAGAACGGCACAGAGUAUGGAAUGGGUGGUGCUGCCUGCACCAUGGCUCAGACACUGGCUUUGCUUCAGGCGGCUCGUACCUAUUGGUCCAUCGAUAGGGCGGACGACACGGCAACCUUGUGGUUUACUCAGCACGUAGACAUGCCGGAAGUUGCGGACAUGCCCCGAGCUCGGAGCGCACUUCAUGUGGCAGCACUUGUAUUGCAAUGGCAAGCAACCAAGGUGCCAGACAGUCGAGCGCUUGCUUUCUCCUCGAGCUGCUCGGGUGCUCUUUGGGUGCCUUUGCUAGAGAAGGCAUGGGCCCGGAUCAACGGUUCCUUCCAGGCCAACAACUUCGGUGCAUUGAAAAAUGUGAAGUCAAGGAACGGCACGCCGUUUCGUGACGCUACCGACCCUGAGUCCGUGCGCGUCCUAUCCCGACAGGAGCGCCCCGUCAGACUGGGCGAAGAUUACAGUGGCCGAGCUGUGGAUCGCGAACGUGACUUGCUGAAGCAGUUCGGUAACUGGCACGAGGCAGAAGAGCUUUCGCGGGAGGAGCUGGAAGGUUGUCGUGUGCAGUAUGGGGCCGAGCACCACGAAACCCAAAGCUGCGCUGCAAAUUUGGUGAAGUGUCUCAAGGAGCGCGGCAAGGCCACCAAGGCGAUGGAGUUUUCUAAGGACUUGACAGGGCUCUACCUGCGGCUCUCGCAGUGGGACCGCGAAGGAGUGAAAGAAACUCACAACUUCUACGAUGUGUUCUCUACUUUCAUCCUUCUUGCACGAGGAGCGUCGUUUGCACGCCUGCCUUCUUCAGAAGAGGAGGUUGGCAUGGAUCAAGUCGCGCGAGGGCGUCUUCUGGAUUCCCUGGCCCGCUUAGGUGGCUAUCCCGAGCGCUGCGGCAUUUGCAUAGCAGCAGAGGACACGGUGUCUGAGGGCAUCGACAGCCGCUUCCGGAUCGGUACUGUCGCUCGAGCAUCCUCGUUGGACCCUGCGGUAGGCCAACACGUGAAGCAAAGACUUCCCGCUGGCAAAUAUUGCCAUGCACUGGCAUUGGACAGGCGCCAUUGGGAUGACCUGCACGUAUCCCCACUAGAAAUCCAGGAGAUGUUCGCCAGGGAUGUCGUCCAUGGCCGACAGGUGCUGCUGCUGCGUGGCCCUUCUGCGCCUGAAGACAGCGAGAUGCGAGCCGCGCUCCGCUUUGCAGCAUCUGUGCGAGCAGUGACUGUUAGUACUUCGAUGCUUCUCGGAGCUCUCGAUGAGAUGAUUGCAGACAUGGCUGGUCUGCUGGUUGGCAUCGAUCUCUUACUGCUGCUUGGCCUGCCCACUGGCUUUGGAGCACUGUUGGCCGUGGAGCUCAGCUGCCGCUAUUCUGUGCAGGCACUGGAUGUGGGGCAGUUGUCCUUGACAGCACCGCCUGGGAAGAAGUCGGCCGCUCCUCUUACGACGUUGGGCAGCAGCGGCCAGGAGCAGCCUGCCAGACUGCAAGACUUGGCUGAAGGAGAUUGGCGAACAAUCGAAGUGCCCUUUGCACCGCAGUCUCACAAAGGUUUGGCCACGAAGGUUUCUGCGUCGGAGGCGGUCUGGUACCGCCGGAUGCUGCGUGUGCCCGAGAGCUGGUGCGCUGGUGUGGGGGCAACCUUUUGGCUUCAAGUGGAUGCUUGCGACUGGGAAUGCGCCGUCUACUUGGACUCUCAGCCACUUGGGAUCCACCGGGGCGGUUACGAUGCUUUCCGCCUGGAGAUUCCCGCGAUUUCGGCUUGCUCCGAAAGGGGCCAAGGCCCUGAGGUCAAAACACUGCUGGUCCGGGCUUGGGACCCGACGGAUGAGGGCUGCCCAUUCACAGACCACCCUCCGAUACCUUGUGAUAGUUGCUGUGAGAGUGGCUGGCAGCCGCGUGGCAAGCAAGCCCUGAAGCCUGGUUCCAUCAUGUACACAGCGGUGACCGGCAUUUGGCGGCAAGGCAUUUUCCUGGAGAACCUUCCUGGCUGCCACAUCCGGAAUCUGCAUAUCAGGGUAUACAAGGAUGCGCCUCGCAAGCUUACUGUCGCCGCGGAAGCGACGUGUGAGAAGCAGCUUUACUUGGAGGUGCGCGAUCUGGAGGGGGACCUCCUCGGAGUUGCUCACGGCCCGUGCUGUGAGCUGCAUGCGGAGCUAGAACAGGCACUGCAGCUUUGGUCACCCCAGGAGCCCCAACGAUACGAAGCUCACUUAUCGCUGGGUGCCGACACGGACGUCGACACUGUGGUUCGACGCUUCGCACGCCGAUUUGUUGCAGUCAAAGAUGGUCGCUUUCUGCUCAAUGAUCAGGUCCUAUUUGUGCAUGGGGUGCUGUAUCAGGGCUACUGGCCGGAGUCGUUGCUCACCCCGCCGGACUCGGAAGCCAUCAGCCGUGACCUUGAGAUGAUCAAGGCAGCAGGCUUCAACACGGUUCGGGUGCACGCUGUGGUCAUGGGGGAAGCUUUCUACGAUGAGUGCGACAAGCUCGGCCUGCUCGUAUGGCAGGACAUGCCAGCAGGAGACAUGCGUGCGAUGCCAACGUGGUCCGAAGGACGUGCUGUCGCCGAGGAAGAGAUCGGCACAGAAGCGCAGAGGUUGAAGGUUCCCGUUCCGCGGACACUCUUUGAUGAGAUUCGGCGGUCACACGAAAGUCGAAGAGCCUUUGAAGCUGAGCUGCAGGCCAUGGUGGGAGCUUUGUCGCACUUCGCAUCGGUAGCUGUCUGGGUGCUCUUCAACGAGGGCUGGGGACAAUCGAACACGAAGGCGUUGGUGCAAUUUCUGAGGGGCAUUGAUCCAAGUCGGCUGAUCGAUGCAUCUUGGCCGCAAGACUGUCAGGCCAAUAGCGGAUGGAACGAAGUCGAAGGUGGCCCGUUGGGUGACUUCGCAGAUCUGCACAAUUACGAAGACAACUCGUCCAUCUUCGGGCCACUUGCAAUGAGCUUCCAGAACUUUGCCGCCUGGGGCUACACUGUUGGAGGCAGACAUCCCGUGCUUCAGUCCACGACUUUGCAGGGCCUGAACGGGCUUGGCAUGCUUGGCAUGCUCUCCCAACCUUCCGCUGUCCGCUUCCGGCCCUAUGGACACUGGCACCCGUUGCUGGCGAAGCGUUCGAAGCAUGCGGGCACGACGUGCAACGAAGCGUCAGUGCGAAGGGCAGCUCGGCAGUGGGGCGGAAGCCUUCUGGCUCUUGCUGCCUCUCAGAGAAAGACUCGAACCCGUGGUAAGUGGGAAACACAGCAGCGAGCUGCAGAUGAUGAAGUUCUGGCUUCCAAUCCAUCCGCGGAGACUCUGCAAAAAGACGCCGAGUCUCCUCUUCGCACCAGUGCAAGUUGGCAUGCCAAACUGCGUCGAGUUUGCUGCACAUGCGACUAUGACAUGAUUGCUCGCAUCGCAGUGUCCGUGGGGAGCAGCGACUCUGCAGAUCUGGUGGAGAUGGUUGCGUACGAAUGUGUUCGGCGUCCCUUCGUCUUUUUCGCCCGGGUUCUCAGAGCGUGUCGGCUGCGUGAUGUGCCACCGCUUUUCAGUGUCCAGCUGUAUCACUUGGUGGAGCCUUGGCUUCGAGAGCAAUGUGCGACUUCUGCAACCUGGGAAGCGGUGCUCUAUGCCUUGGCUUUGCAAGCUCUUGAAGCACGUGAAGCCCCGGAUGAGGCCUUUAAGCUCCUUGCUGACAUGGAGACUGGUGCAGAUCCGAGGCUUCCGGAGCCAACGAAUGCAGCCUACUGCAUCCUUGUCCAAGCCGUUGCAGCCAGCCAGGGUGAACGCGCUGCUAGACAACUCUUGUCCAGGUCAGCUGCCUUCUUGCUGCCUGCAGACCCAGUCAUCUAUUUGGUGCUGGCCGCGGUGCAUUCCAAUUCAAACAUUGACAUGGCCAAGACUCUCGUGCGAAAAGGGGAAAUGUUGUCGAGAAGUUGGAAGACCUGCAGGCUCCUGGAUGAGUACCAACCAGAUGCCCUGUACAACACAUUGCUGGCAGCCUAUCGACGCAUGGGGCGGUUACGAGAUGGCUUCGCGGUUCUUGGAGUAAUGCAGCAGCAUGGCAUUCAACCUACGGUUGUCUCCUUCGGCAUUUUGCAGCAAGCCUGCUGGGGGCAUCCGGAUGCAGCCAUCGAGAUUCGGCAGUUGCUACGGCUGAUGGAAGUGAUGGAAGUGACCCCGGACACGAUAAACUACAACGCCCUCAUCAAAGCUUACAGCGACACCGGGCAGCUGACCAUGGCACUCCAAGUUGCAAACAGAAUGCGGGAAGCCGGAAUUAUCUGGGAUCGGUUCACAUACCAAUACCUGCUGGGUGCGAUGGUGGGUUCAGAGCAAGCAGAACUAGCCGUCCGGCUUCUUACUGGGAUGCGAAGUGAUGGUGUGAGACCUCGGGCAAAGCACUACAUUGCGGUCUUCGUGGGCCUUGCCCAAGCAGGUUUCUACGAAGACUCAGUGCGUGUUUUUCAGCGCCUAGUUUCCAUGGGCCCACAGUAUGCCAGCCUCUAUGCCUACAACGUCAUGAUGGGCAUACAGUGCAGAAGAGGUGACAUGGAGACGGCCCUGCAGACCUUUGAGAGCAUCAGAGAAGCCGGCAUGGAGCCCAACGCAAUGUCGUUUCGCAUUUUGCUGGAAGGCUAUGUGGUCGCAGGCGAUUGGAUAUCUGCUUUGGAUGUGCAGGCUCCCUUUCAGGAGUUCAGAGAUCGCCUAAGAAGGAUAUCUACGGACGCUUCCGUAACACAGGCGGGUCGAGAAGCCGCGCGGCAGGAGUUGAAAAAUAAAAGGCACUGGACCAAGGCGUAUUAUUUGCUAAUUGAUGCCGCGCUUUGGAAAGACGAGUGGGUUCGAGCAGUCAGUCUGGUAAAGGAUUUGGUGGAUCAAGGUCUUCCAGCCCAUCCUGUGAGGCAUGCUCGUUUGGUCCGUGACUUGAAGUUCUAUUAUGCAGGUUCCGAGCAAGAUGCAGGUGUUGGUGUCGAUGCGGAUGUGGUGUUUCUCCGGGUCCCUGAUUCGGAAGGCAGCAGUCCUGCAAGUGCUGAAGAGAAACCCAGGAAAGACUGGAUCACACGUGUUCCGAACAUACCGCGCCCCGUAGAGUCUUUGGAACCACCAAUGACAAGCACCUCUGAGCAGAUACCACUCCAUGUUUUGGCUGCUAGUUUUGCGCCUCAGUGGAUUUAUUCUGGCAGCACUUCUUUCAAUCUGGAUUCUAUACCCGACUUGUGCAAAAGGAUGCUUGGAAGACUUGAAGGCGAGGAUGCCUUUGCGGUGGACCCCAAGGCUGCAUACUCGCUGAUUUAUGCCUACUAUCACACGACCCUCCAUCGGCGGCCCGUCGUUUCGAGGCAGAUCCCUGCAAGGGAGGAGAUCCUGGCACGUGCUGAGCCAGAGACCAUCGAAAGCUUACAGGAGCUUUUUGAUUCUAAAGGUUGGCCUGGCAGAGCUCCCCACGGAUAUCUCUUCAUGAGGCCCGCUUCUGCGAAUUUGGAUGCGUUGCUAGUGCUGCUGGGACUUGCAGCAUCUCAUCCCGAGUCCGUCCUGUUGCUAAGAUCUGAAGAUUCACAGAACAGGCGGUUUCUGGCCGAUGAGUGCAAAACUCGCAGAUAUCGGGCGCUCGCAGUAACACUGUCUUCCACACUGGCCGCGAUGCCUGCAGCAGCUCUGGUCAACACCAGGAUGCUGGUGGCUAGCAUAGACAUGCGAUUAUCUUGCAGCAACUUCGAGAGCCACUUGCGCGAUGCCCUUGCUGGAAAGACAGAGCUCUCGCGCAACGGACAGUUGCCCGACAGUGGCGAUGCCAAG